UCAUUUCCUAAACGCUACCUCUUCCUCUACUAACCUCAAAGCUUCGCAGAUACUCUUUCUUAUUCCCGUCCUAUCUCCGACGACUUCGGCGUUUUUACCUGUCACAGAGAGAGAGGGAGAUGGCGGAUACCGAGACGUUUGCCUUUCAGGCUGAGAUCAAUCAGUUGCUGAGUCUGAUCAUCAACACAUUCUACAGCAACAAGGAGAUCUUCCUUCGGGAGCUCAUCAGCAAUUCCUCCGAUGCUCUGGACAAGAUCCGUUUUGAGAGCUUGACUGAUAAGAGCAAGCUAGACGCACAGCCUGAACUCUUCAUCCAUAUAAUCCCUGACAAGGCCACUAACAGCCUGACCAUCAUUGACAGUGGUAUUGGCAUGACUAAGGCUGAUUUGGUGAACAACCUGGGUACCAUUGCUAGGUCCGGAACCAAGGAGUUCAUGGAAGCUCUUGCUGCUGGGGCCGAUGUGAGUAUGAUUGGACAAUUUGGUGUUGGUUUCUACUCAGCAUAUCUUGUUGCUGAGAAGGUCAUUGUCACCACUAAACACAAUGAUGAUGAGCAAUAUGUCUGGGAGUCCCAAGCAGGCGGGUCAUUCACUGUCACUAGAGAUAACUCUGGUGAAAACCUUGGUAGGGGUACUAAAAUUACCCUCUUCCUCAAGGAGGACCAGCUCGAGUACCUUGAGGAGCGGCGGUUGAAGGACUUAAUUAAGAAGCACUCUGAAUUUAUCAGCUAUCCAAUUUCUCUCUGGAUUGAGAAGACCACUGAGAAGGAAAUUUCUGAUGACGAGGAUGAGGAAGAGAAGAAGGAUGAAGAAGAGAAGAAGGAUGAGGAAGGCAAGGUUGAGGAUGUUGAUGAAGAAAAGGAGAAAGAAGAAAAGAAAAAGAAGAAGAUCAAGGAGGUGUCCCACGAGUGGUCCUUGGUUAACAAGCAAAAGCCAAUUUGGAUGAGGAAGACUGAGGAGAUUACAAAGGAAGAGUAUGCUGCGUUCUACAAGAGCCUUACUAAUGAUUGGGAAGAACACUUAGCUGUGAAGCACUUCUCAGUUGAAGGCCAGCUCGAGUUUAAGGCAAUCCUCUUUGUUCCCAAGAGGGCACCUUUUGAUCUUUUUGACACAAGGAAGAAGCCCAAUAACAUUAAGCUGUAUGUUCGCCGUGUCUUUAUCAUGGACAACUGUGAGGAGCUUAUUCCCGAAUACCUUAGCUUUGUCAAGGGUAUUGUGGAUUCUGAGGACCUUCCUCUGAAUAUUUCAAGAGAAAUGCUACAGCAGAACAAAAUCCUCAAGGUUAUCCGCAAGAACUUGGUCAAGAAGUGUGUUGACAUGUUCUUUGAGAUUGCUGAGAACAAGGAAGACUACAACAAGUUCUACGAGGCAUUCUCUAAGAACCUUAAGCUCGGCAUUCACGAGGAUUCUCAAAACAAAACAAAGCUUGCCGAGCUGCUUCGCUACCACUCUACCAAGAGUGGUGAUGAGAUGACGAGUUUGAAGGAUUAUGUGACCAGGAUGAAGGAAGGCCAGAACGACAUUUAUUACAUUACUGGGGAGAGUAAGAAGGCUGUGGAGAACUCUCCAUUCCUGGAGAAGCUGAAGAAGAAGGGUUAUGAGGUUCUCUAUAUGGUAGAUGCCAUUGAUGAGUAUGCUGUUGGUCAGCUCAAAGAAUUUGAGGGCAAGAAGCUUGUCUCGGCUACAAAGGAAGGGUUGAAGCUUGAAGAGAGUGAAGAUGAGAAGAAGAAGAAGGAAGAGCUGAAGGAAAAGUUUGAGGAUCUAUGCAAGGUGAUGAAGGAUGUGCUGGGUGACAGGGUUGAGAAAGUGGUGGUGUCUGACCGUGUUGUUGACUCUCCCUGCUGUCUGGUAACUGGUGAGUAUGGCUGGACUGCAAACAUGGAGAGAAUCAUGAAGGCCCAGGCUUUGAGGGACAGCAGUAUGGCUGGAUACAUGUCUAGCAAGAAGACCAUGGAGAUCAACCCCGAGAACCCCAUCAUGGAGGAGCUCAGGAAAAGGGCCGAUGCGGACAAGAAUGACAAAUCUGUGAAGGACCUUGUUCUCUUGCUCUUUGAGACUGCACUCCUCACCUCUGGCUUCAGCCUUGACGAGCCCAACACCUUUGGCAACAGAAUCCACAGGAUGUUAAAACUUGGUUUGAGCAUUGAUGAUGAGGAAGCAGGCGAUGGUGAUGCUGACAUGCCCCCACUGGAGGAAGCUGAAGCCGAUGCUGAGGGCAGCAAGAUGGAGGAAGUUGAUUAAACUAAGCAUUUUGAAUUUUAAUAUCAGCCUUUUUGAAUAACAAUUAUAUAUAUUCUGUUUGAGGAUCAUAAGCCUCGAGUUUUGAUGUUCUGUUGACUUGGUAGGAGGUACAAUUUAUCCUUAUGAUUGCUGGGUUUUUGUUUAGUAGUGGCAGUGUUUGGUUAAUUUGGCAUAAUUGACGUUCUUGGUAA